CGCAGAUCUCCCUCCCUCUCUCUCACACUCUCUCUCUGCACAUGCACAUGCACACGCUCACCGUCCGAUAGUCGUCACUCCCAGUAGACUUCACCACCCGCCAACUGCCGCCUGUGCCCUUGUUUCUGCUGCGCACUACGGGCCUGCCGGUGCUGUCCAUGCUCUGCUCAGCUCAGUCCAGCCCCAGUCCAGAUCAGCUCAGCUCAGCAGACUGCCCGCCUACCCACCAUCGCCAUCAUGCGCAGUCUCGAGGAUGCGAGGACCAGUUGGCAGGAACUUCAUCAGUACAAAACUCUGCGUCAGCUCAAGGAUGCCGUUCGCCUCUCGCCCGAUGGCCACUCGUCCGUCGCCACGCGCGGCCUGCGCUCCGCUUGUUGGAAGGCCUUUCUGCUCUUUGAUACCCUCGAUCUCGAUGAGUGGCAGCGCGUGCUGGCGUCGUCUCGGAGUGCAUACAACUCGCUACAUGCUCAUUUCUUUCGCUCUGUCGAGGAUCGUGAUGCUGAGACGGCGGGGCUCGAUCCGCUGAGUCAAGACACCGAGAAUUCCACCUGGCAGCAACUGCGUAAGGAUGAGGAUCUGCGCGCCGAGAUCUUGCAAGAUGUGGAGCGCUGUAUGCUCGACUUCACCCGAGAGCCCGAGAACCAGCGCAUCUUGUCCGACAUCCUAUUCACCUUCUGCAAGCUCAAUCCCGAUAUAGGCUACAGGCAGGGCAUGCACGAGAUCGCUGCCUACGUCCUGUUCGUAAUCCAAAACGACGCUGUAGAGCUCGACAACUCGAGCAAAGCCUUUCACCAGGACAGCAUCAUCAAAGCCGUUUUUGAUAGUGAGCAUAUCGAGCAUGAUUCAUUCGCCGUGUUUGGCCAAGUCAUGCAAAGCGCAAAAACCUUCUACCUAUCCGACGGUCCAGCUUCAAUCACGGCACGGAGUAGACACAUAUUCGAGGAGCUUCUACCGCAAGUGGACAAAGUGCUCAUGCUUCAUCUACAAAGCCUCGAUGUGUUGCCGCAAGUCUUCUUGAUUCGUUGGAUCCGGCUACUCUUUGGUCGAGAAUUUGAGUUCGACUCUGUGCUCGCCUUGUGGGAUGUCAUCUUCGCCGAAGAUGCGUCUCUGGAGAUAGUAAAUCACAUCUGUCUGACGAUGCUCCUGCGCAUCCGAUGGCACCUGUUGGAAGCAGAUUACAAUAACGCUCUAGGCCUCCUCUUGCGGUACCCUGAGCUGGACAAGGAUUUACCUGCCCAGACUCUCGGACUUGAUGCUUUGUACCUGAAGGCGCACAUGCAUGUCGAUGGUGGAAGCUACUGUGUGCUCAAGUACAUGGGACGACCCCUGCUGAAGUCAGAUCGGCCAGCCACGCCUCCUGCACUGCAAAGAAACGUUACGGCAUUCUCGGGCCGUACUGGAUUGUCGCCUCCACGUACUAUUCGACAACCCCGCAUCGAGGGCCUUCUUCAGACAACUGCUAAGAACAUUUACGCUCAGGGAGAGAAACUGGGGAUUGGAGUCCGGAAUGCUGUGGAUGAGGUUCAGAAGAAAGCACAGGAAAUUCGUGUGGCACAAACGCCUUCGCCGCCGCCCUGGCGUCAGUCUAGCGUAGGCAGGGUCAGAGAACUCGAGACUCGCAAUAAGCAGUUGUCAGAGUUACUUGCGAGCGCAGUGGACGAGCUCUGGGAAUACCAAAGAUCCGUGGCCGAGGCCAAGGAUCACGCCCAUGACAGGAACAAUGUGGAGAAAUUGAGCGCCGCUAUCGCUCAAGUGCAAUACAUUCAGGUAUACCUUGAGCAACCAUCGUUACAGCUUGCUGAACAACCAUUGCAGGUCAACAAACGGAGAGGUGAUGCCAAUAAUGUACCGGGUACUACCAUGGCACAGCAUGACGUUUCCAGUUAUGCUGGGGAAGCCAGCGGAGUCAAUAACGAGCGUGACGGCAAGGGUGAGCUACGGGAUCAUCCCACUCACGAACCUGAGCCGCCCACAUUGAGAGUCCGUGCGACUCACGACCUAAGUAGCAGUCAGUCAUCCGACACUACCGGUGUGAAGACUCAUCGGCUCCGACCGUCUCUUGAACAGAGUUCAUUCUCCUUCAUGCUGGGACAAGGAGGGUCCAAAGCGUCACCUCCACCAUCCCGCCCUCACAGCUCGCUGUUUGGUGCACAGGACAAUACAUCGGGAAGACCAGGGUCGAAGGCAGGAUCGAAUGAUGUGCUGAGUGAUAGUGAGUUUGAUAUUGGCAGUCUCAAAAGAGCGAAAGGCGACAGAAGGUAGGCCAAGACGGCUUCUUAGCAUGAUCAGAG